AUCAGCCUAUCACCCAGUGACCAGAGGCCGCACGGCGAGGGCGAUGGCGGUGGCGGUGGCUCUUACCACUACCUAUCGCUCCUGCUCCAUAGUCUCCGUUCCCCCACGGUCACCGCCUCAACGACGGAGGCCUUCUCCAACUCGCGCUUCGGGGGCGGUGGAGGUGCGUGUCUGCACGAACCGCACAUGCGCGCGCCAUGGCGUCCUGGCUGCGCCCGCGGGCCUCGCGCCGCCGCGCGUAGACGUGGCCUCUUGCGGGUGCCUUGGCCGCUGCGGCGCGGGGCCCUCCGUCGUCGGGAGGGGCGCCGCGUUGUUCGGACACGUGGGCACGGCGGCGCGCGGCGCGCAGCUCCUGGAGCAUCUCCUCGGAGCCGCGGAGUUCGACGCGGCCGCGGGUCUCGCCGCGAGGGAGAAGGCGGAGGCUGCCCUCGAGAAGGGAAAUGCGGCCGAAACGGAAGCUCUCUUAACUGAGGCAAUUUGUCUCAAUGCUUGUGGUGGUCUGCGUUUGGUGUACAGCAGCAGUUUUUUUUAACACCGGUACCCUUUCCUGGUUCUUUUUUGAGGUCUUAUAAUAGAGUGCGACACCACGGAUCCAUCCCGGGCGGGCUGGCUCAUGAUGGGAGGCCAAGCCAGCCGAGCUACGCUCGCUUCGCUGUACAGCAGCAGGU